GAUCAAUAUCGGUCAAUCGGCCGGAGUCAUCGUUGUUUCAGUCGACCCAGCGCAUUCCUCCUCGUCCUCAGCUCGCGCCCGAAUGGCCGACCUCGCUGGUCCGCGGUCGGCGGCCGAGUGGCCCUCAGGUUCGGCAUCAGCCGUCAGGAGCCGCCGGUGAGGCGGGUCAUUGAACUCCGGACCGCGGUCCGGACAGAUAAGCGCGAAGAAGAUAGGACAGAGUUCUCCCCAGAGCCGAUCACCUCUCUUUCAACACACCUGUCCGAGCCCUUGAGCGCCGAGUUGGAUUUAACUUUGAACGGCUUGAGGAACAUCUUGGUCUGCACUGGCCCGACGAAAGACGAGGAAGUAAGGAAAGGAAAAUGGCCCAGUCGAAGAACCCCAAGUGGCAGUUCCGAUGGCGCUGUGGCCGCUGGUGGUGGAAGGUCUUCAAGCUGAUGCUGAAGAUCCCUCUGGCCAUCAGCCUUCUGUUGGCCGUGGUGGUCAUCUUCAGGGCCAUCAACGCCUCCACGCCUGCCUCGACCCUGGAAAUUCUGAACAACGCAGUCACUGACGGGGUCGAGGAUGGAAAAAAGAUGGAACGGGCGCACAGGCUGGCCGGCGCUCUAAGACUGUCCACCAUCUCAUACGAGCCGGGAAAACAAGAGGUGGAAGAACUUCUGAAGCUCCAUAAAUACCUUGAAAAAGAAUUCCCUGCAGUGCACAACUGUUCCUUUGUGAAGAAAGAGGUCAUCAAUCUCUACAGUCUGCUUUACACCGUCACAGGCACAAAUCCUAAUAAAAUGCCUUAUAUGCUGGCCUCCCACCUGGACGUGGUGCCAGCCGACCCUGAAAACUGGCAGGUUGACCCUUUCAGUGGCCAAAUCAUAAACGACACCUACAUUUACGGCAGAGGCACAAUUGAUGACAAGGGUGGAGUUUUGGGAAUUCUUGAAGCUUUGGAGUUCUUGAUUAAAAAAGGUGAGAGACCUCAAAGAAGCUUCUUUGUGGCUUUCGGACACGACGAAGAGGUCAGUGGCAAGCAAGGCGCUCAGGAAAUCGCUCGGACCCUUCUGAAGCGGGGCGUCAACAGGCUGGACUUUGUUUUAGAUGAAGGAUACACGGUCACCAGGCACAUUCUACCAGGCACAAGCAAACAUGUUGCUUUAGUUGGAGUUUCCGAAAAGGGCCAUCUUACUCUUGAACUGAGCGUAAAUGGAAAUCCUGGCCACUCGAGUUUCCCACCUUGGGAGUCGGCUAUUGGAAUUUUGUCAGAUGCCAUUACGAAAUUGGAAAAGAACAAGCUGCCCUCUCUCUUUGGUACGGGCCCUGAACGUUCUACAUUUGAAUACCUAGCCCCUCAUGUUGGUUUUCUGCACCGAAUUCUUUACUCAAAUAUGUGGCUUUUUGCCGGUAUCAUGUCCAGAGUGAUGGAGCGAGAAGCUUUGAGCAACGCUAUGGUCAGGACUACUAGCGCUAUCACUGUGUUCCAUGGAGGCAUCAAGGAUAAUGUGGUGCCAGCUCAUGCCAGGGCAAUUAUAAACCACCGUGUUCACCCGUCACAAACCAUAUCUCAGGUCAUCGAAUUCGACAAACGCACCAUCGAUGACCCAAGAGUGGAAAUCAAAGUCAAGACCUCCAAAGAGGCACACCCUGUGUCUCCUUACAGCCCUGACGACGUGCAGUACAAUGUUAUUGCACGCAGCAUUUAUCAGACAUUUGAUGACGUUGUUGUUAUUCCUGGUGUGCUGAUUGCCAACACAGAUACUAGGUGGUAUUUGGGCCUUUCGAGUCACCUGUAUAGAUUUUUCCCCACUGUAAUUUAUCCCGAGGACACCAACAGGUAUCACGGAAUUGACGAACGAAUUUCGAUUGACGACUAUCAGCGAGCAGUCAGUUUUUACUACAGGGUGAUGAAAAACGCCGACCUCAUUAUCGGCCACGUCCCCUCUACCACUGCCAACCAGCAAAGGGAGCUGUGAAGCUGAAUUGUUUUUUGUUCCUUUACUUAGUUUUGAAUUUUCGAUUUUACCGGACUUUAGAAAGUUGUUGGAGGUUUUUAAGGUUGCAUGUGGUAAGAUUAUUUAAAAGUAACUUUAGUUGCGAACCAGAGUAAAGUGUGACUAAAAAAAUUGUUUGGAUCGCACCCAUUAGCAGAAAUGAAAAGCUCACUUUAGAAAAAUAACACAAACGAUUUACGAAGCCUUUUUAGUGUGUAAUAAUUUUAAUCACAACCUGUUACCUUGUAUUUGUCUCACUUGUGUAUGUUACUUAAUGUUGAGCUUUGGAAAACACGAAAAGUGAUAUAAAAAUGGAAGUGUCGAGGGGAUCGGGUUUUAUAUAAAAAGAGGAAUAAGAAAUUUAAACAAUAUUGCUGUAAGUAAUCAGAUUUAAAUUAUAUGUGUAAAAGCAGAAAUAAUGCUUGAUUGCAUUCAAUUCCCUAAUUUGAAAGACUUUGAAAAAGUGCGUACAUUUAAUAAUGAAGGAAAGGAGAGGGUUUGAAUUUGUGAUAAGUUGUUAUAACCUUGUUAAGGAUUGACUAAAUACAAGUUGCUGUUAUUUUCCUUGUG